UCGUAAACAUCGAAAAACAUCGCCACACAAUUCCGCGUGAACAAAAUUUUUCCAAUUUCUCCCAAACGGAAAUUUUAUUUAUUUUGGCUUUUUUUACAAGAUUUUGGGCUGAUGGAGAAGAAAUUGGUGCUGUAUCAGAGGGCUAUUGAGGAGGAGAGGCAGUAUUCGGAAGGAAUUUCAGGGACUCUCAGGGAUCUUUCUAGCAAUGUGGCGGAAUUUGUGAAGAUUGCAUCCCAGCAGCGGGAAGAUCAGGCUGUCAGGGACAGAAUAACUGAUGAGGAUCUCGAGAAAAUAGCUGCUUUCACAAAAUCCAUCCAUGCGAAAGUUAAAUCUAUCGCUUUGGCUGUGAAGGAGGAUAAGAUCUCAAGGGAAGCAUCCAAGAUGACUCUGGCUGUGGGAUUUGAGCCUCAUGUUCUCAUGAAUGCCCAGCGUGAGCUAACAGAGGUGAAAAGGGAAAUGGAAUGCUCGAAGAAGAGCUUCAUCUCAAUGGGAUGCUGCCUUACAGAACUUUUGAGUGUCCUGACCCAGGAAGACAGUAACCUAGACAUACUCACCAGCAAUUAUGAAUCCCAAAUUCGGGUUUAUUUCAAAUUUCUGGAGAAAACUCUCAUUUCCUUCUUCAACACUGUCCAUGAGCGUGAGAAUCUUCCCAGCAGCAAUUACAAAUUUGUUUGCUUUGCCACAUCCGUGGUGGGGAACAUUGCCUCGAAGGAGAGUGGGAGGAAGAUUAUCAUGAGUCAUGAAAAGAAUCAUUUUCUCCUGAAAACCUUCCUCAAUCUUCUCUGCCGGCUGCGUUAUCCACGAGAGAUCCAGCUCCUUGGGAUCUUCCUGAAAUUCCUCUGUGAUAUGAGCCUGGAAGAUGCUGCAGUUAAAAUCAUUCAAAAUCAUCUCACUGUGAUGGAGCAAAUUGUCGACUACAUAAAUUACGGGAAGAUCGACCUUCAGUACAUGGCCACUGUCCUUCUGUUCAACACACUGGAUGACCUGUCCAGGAGCCAAUUUGAGAGACUUCUAUCAAAGAUUGAUCAGAUCGCUUGGGGCAGCCUCCUGGAGUGUUCCAAUGACGUCCUCAAAACUGCCGGGAAGAAGCUCUUCCAGCAAAUCACCAAGAAACGCAAAUCCUUGUCUGACAAAUAAACAAUGAAUUUAUUUACUUCCGUA